AUGUCCGUGUCUGAGCAGUUUGUAGGUGGAGAUGGUGUGAUUAGCACACCGAUUGCUACGGGGGUUGGUACUGGUGAGAAAGCUGAGGUUAUCGGGCAUCGUACAGCGGAUGCAAAGCCGAGCGGCGAAUAUGCUUCUAUUCUUGCUGAUACCCCUUUGCAAGCAGAUGAGGCUGGUGUUGCGUCACGUGGAAUGUAUUCACCUUUAACGAGUCUCUGCAACGAGCCUCGGUUCGCGACAAUGCGAAGGGGACACAAGGUCAUGGUUGGCCAGAACGGGUGGCUUGAACGCCCAGGCAGCAUCGCUAAGAAGCCGGAGCAACCUAAAAAAGCAGGCUUUUUUGACUCACUGAAGCGCAUUGCGAAAGAAGUUGCCGAUGCAACAGAAAUGAAGUCUUCCCGCAGGGUGAAAGGUGGCGAGCGCGGACGUGCCUCUUCUCGUGUACGGAUUUCCCUUGACCCACGUGAACAGAGCCUCUUAUACUGUGAGCUCGAGUUCCUUUUGACGUCAGCACUGGACUGCUAUAUCAACAGCCAGUUCAACGCUGGGCGACUAGACGCCGAUAAGUACAAAAAGGUUGUCGAUGCCUGGCACCAAAAGGGCCGCCCAAAGGUCGUAGGCUUUCGCUACGAUCUUGAGACUCAAUUGGAUCUUGUGUUUCUUCAUAUGAAGGACUUCCGGUUUUAUGGCGACCGCGCUAGCGUACCGGCAGCGAUCUCGGGAAUCCUAGAGGCCAUGCGAGUGAAUGCGCGCGCAUUGAGAGUUCGCACGUUUUGUCAGCCAGACUCGGUCAUGGCCAAGCAACUGCUAGACUCGCAAAGCCUUCUGAAUCUUCUCGGCAGCGCUGAGCAGCGCCAGAUUCAGCUUGCUGAGGUCGUGCAAUUUUUCAAAAUUGUCCUUGAGCGUGAACACAAAUUGCAGCGCACCGAAGAGGUUCGUGGGUUACCCCAGUAA